UUCCAAGAUGUUUGCGACUACGGAAAUCACUCUGAUAGUUACUAUUCUACUUUCUAUCAGCGUAAAUCAGCUGAACUCUGCUGUUCAGAAUGGAUAUCACAUUGCUCCAUACAGUAGCAAUUGGUUCGAAGCUGUAGAGUAUUGUAACCGAUUGGGAAUGCGGUUGGCCGUCGUCGAUACCGCAGACAAGCACGAUGCCGUGGUUAAAGAAGCGCAAGAAACGGGAUUGUGGACAAGUGGAUUCCUAGGUAUUUGGCUGGGUGCUAGCGAUCUAGCCAGAUCGAACAUACACAUUUGGCAAGAUACGGGAGCACGGGUGACCUUUUCCAGAUGGAACUCGGGCCAACCGUCCGGGGGCAGUGAGCAUUGCAUGAACUUGUACUAUUGGGUGGGGCAAAAAUUCAAUUGGACAUGGAAUGAUGCUCCCUGCGAUACGAGCUUAUAUGCGAUAUGUGAACCAAGAAAGGGAUGCUGUGAGCGACCAGUUUGCUGAAUGAUAUAAUAUUUUGGUUAACAAAACUAGUCGUCAGAAAAAAAUCUGAGUUCUUUGCAUCCCAAGUCUAAAUAUCACGAAAACCAUGCGGUACUUCGGUCUCGCUCCGUCACCUUUCAACCACCAGUAACACUUUCAAAUAUUACACACUUCACCGAAUUUUAGUGUCUUACUGUAGUCAUCCCCUACUUGAAUAAAACAUGUUUGCUAAUCGG